AUGACAUCCUACCUUCAGAAAGAAAGGAUCCCAGACCAGUGGAAGACCUCGCGAACCGUUCUUAUCCAUAAGAAAUGUGACCGAGAGGACCUUCGGGACUACCGUUCGAUAUGCUUGCUGAGCGUGUUACACAAAGUAUUCACCAAAAUCACCCUCACGCGCAUAUCUAAGACGCUGGAUGAAGCCCAGCCUCAAGAACAAGCUGGAUUCCGCCAAGGGUUCAGCUGCUUGGACCAGAUCCAGACCGUGUCGAGAGUCAUAGAGGUUUGCCGGGAAUACCGCCUGCCCUUUGUUCUAACCUUCGUCGACUAUGAGAAAGCCUUUGACAACGUAGAAACGAAUGCAAUACUGUCAGUGCUUGUUGAUCAAGGUGUGGACGCGUCAUAUGUGAGGAUAUUAGCCAAUUGCUACGAUCGAUGCACGACUAGGAUGCAGCUUUUCCACCGCCCUCUCACUAUACUCAUUGGAAAGGGGGUACAAAAAGGCGAUACUAUAUCGCCGAAGCUGUUCACGGCUGCAUUGCAAUGGAUAAUGAAAUCACUUUCCUGGGAAAAAUGGGGCAUACGUGUUGAUGGAAGGUUUCUCGAACCUUCGUUUCGCGGACGACAUCGUUCUCUUUUCGAGCAGUACCAAUGA